UUAUUUUGGGGGUUAGAGAUCGUGUCUGGAGGAUUUCUUGUUUAUCAAUUUGUGAAUAUGAAAUUUAACUUUUGAAAUCAUACUGUCUCGAAAAAUCUGAUGGCGACAUGAGAUGGUGGUGGCAUUUCAAAGAUCUGUCAUACGUGAUGUCCUUGACGUGCAUCAUACACACGAGGAUGAUGGGUGAAGUUUUGUACAAACGAACCACUGUGCUACAUCACUUAAUUAUGCCUUUUCCAAAAAGAAACUCCAUAAUGUCAUCGUUUUACGGAAUGCCUGGAAGUGAUACCAAAGACAUGGCACUGUGGUUAUUCGACCUGCUGCAAAAAAACGAUCACGUUCAGAUCAAAAGGAACUCAGAAAUAAUCAACUCUCUCCUUGGGUUGCCCAAAGUUCUCAACGAUGCCGGACGUUAAGAAAAAUGGAUCGGACAACUUUAUUUUGAUAACCGUUGCACAUGCACAUUGUAGAAAAUUAUUUCAUUUACUAAUCAAUUUUAAUUACAACGUUCUACUUCACAAAUAAAAAUUAUAUCAAAUCAAAUUCAAUGUUUUUUCUUUUUAUAUAAACAACACAACUUUGGUUUAUGCUUUAUAAUUGAAGUGAAUUAAAAUUUUGUAAUUAAACUAAUGAUGUUGGUGUAAUUUUCUUAUAGCAAGAACUCAGUAGAAAUGUUAUAGUAGGCAAGGUUAAUUUAAUUUUUUUUUUUUAAUUUUAACAUUUUUUAAUUGAAUUGUUUAAUUUUAAUUUAACCUUACGUCAAUUUAAUUUUAAUUAAAUUAUUUAUUUUUAUUAAUGAAGGAUGACCAUUUUGGUAAAUCGAGGCGAUCAGAUGGCCAGUCAGAGAAAUUUUAAUCUGUAUUUUUUAAAUGUUAUGUAUUGAACGAUUUAUUAAAAAAAAGGACGUUUUUACAGUGAUGAACCGAUUAUGUAAUUCUAUUGUAGUAAGGCAGAUUAGUGGGAUAGGUUUAAAGUCCAUUAAUAAAAAUCUUUACUUAGAACAGUUAUAAUGAAAUAGUAAUAGAUAAAAUAAAAUGAAUAGAAUGGAACUGUUCUUUUGACAAAUUUUUGAUUACACCAUUUACUUGCCCAUUAAAUAGACCAUCCUCUUACAAAUAGUUUUAAAUUGAACUUAAAUGAUUAUUUUCAAUUUCUUUAAAUUUACAUCUUUUAAUGUUAAUAACUGUAUGUUUCUCUUGGUUCAUCCCUUUUUACUGGUUUUGUUAGUAAUGUCAACAUGAGCUUUCUACUUAUUUCAGAAUGCCAAUUCCCUACUUAUAACACAAUUAUUCACAAAAAUAUACUUAUAAU